AAAAAAAAACAGAACAAAAUAAAAUACUCCUGUCAAAAUCUACAGCCACACAAAAUUUCACAAUGAAAUAAAAAUCCUAGAUUUUAAACAUGAAAAUAAAGAAUUGAAAGAAAAAUAUUCUCAAUCAAUCAUAUCCACACAAACACGCGCGGAAAGUACAAUGUUUUUGUUUUUGAAUUUGUGAAAGCAUUGAAUGAUUACACAUAACGCUUAAGUUCGAAAAUCAUGAAAUAUACUAAAUAAAUUUCUCGAAAUAGAUAUAGGAAAAUAUAAAGAUGAAAUAACGCAAAUUCAAGCAUUAAUAAAAUCAAAAUGAAUUUAAUUUGAUGGUAAAGCAUUUUGAAAUUUCAAUGUUCGUAGAAAAAUUUUCGAAAAAGAUAUGAAACUUAGUUAAUAUUUAUUUAAUAAAAUUUUUCGAAAACAAAUAAACAGGUUAUAAAAAUUACACUAAGAGAUUGUUUAAAUUUAAUAUUUAACAAUUUGGUUUAACAGAUUUAAGUUAAAAUAUAAUAAGCUGUAGAUUUAUUCGUUGGACAACACUUGAUCACAAUAUCAUUGACAUCACGAACACAUAUAUAGACUUACGGCUAGAUCCGUAUACUCUAAACCUUCGUUGAAAAAUGAUGACGUAUAUUUGCUAUAGACCAAAAGUGUUGACAGGAGAGGAAAUCCUGCGUAGUAGAGGCGAUACGAAGAAAAUCCCAAAGAGAAAUACGUCAUAGAGGAAAAAAAAAAUAUGGCGUCCAUCAAUUUUUUUGGCGGUAAUUUCUCAACAUUGAAAUUGCGUCGACAUGGAAAAUAUUCCUGGGUAAGACGUUUAAUGAUGCUGAAGAAAUCCAAAAAAUAACCAAAAAUGACAGGAUGUCUCCUGGAAGGAUUGAUAGGGGCGACAAAAACUCGUUCACCGAGUGGAUGCUUGGCGGGAAAAGAGCAUGGCAUCACAUCCGCACAAAAAUUGUCGUCCACGAAAUCAAAGUGCUCCAAAUGAAACAGACAUCCAAAUUGUCCAAAUGAUGAAUAUCAAUAAAUAAUGUUCACAUAAAAUAUUAAAUUUAAUUUUCAGUGAACUUUUUUCAAGUUAUUUGCCGGUAAAAAUGGCGGCACUUUUUUCACAGCACGUGCUAAAAUUUGUAGUACAUUUAGAACAUUAAAUUCCAGCUUUUUAUAAAUUUUGACUGGAAAAUAUAUAGAAAAACACAUCGAUCACUUAACCAAAUAAUCCAGAUGAUAAAUUUGGCACAGGUACACGACACGAUGGCAACAAUUUCCAUGAAUUUAUAAAAACGUGUUCUCGACUGUCGGGGUCACCAAUGUGGAGAUUUUACUUGAUAUUUCAUAUUAUGGUUCUCCAAACCAUAUAAAUAUAUUAAGAGAAAUUAAAUAACAUUAGUCCAUAUUUAUAAUAAUAAAUAUAAGAAUUUAUUUGUAACUACAAGACAUUUUGAUAGCACGUGGAUAAAACUAUGUUAUUUACUCAAUUACUCUAUGCGUACUACUCUAACCAUCUACGGCAACCUGACUCCCUAGCAACGGUUGUCAAGGUUCGCGUCAGCCCAUCACGAUGUAAAGUGGGGGGAAAGAUAAAGCUCUCCCCACAGAUAUUCCCCACAGACUACACGUGUAGUUGGACCUACUGUUGUUCUGUACUCUGAAAGGGUAAGGGGGGUUUUGUACGUGGAGGGGAUACGUGUAUAUAUAAGUGGCUCAAGGUAUUAAAAAAUAGCAGAGCGACAAUGGAGAAAGCAGCCGAGCAGCCAAGCAGCCAAGCAGACACCAUAAUAUUAACCUCCGAAGAUAACCAAGCGGAUACAAUAGUUCUAUCCUCUUCUGAUAAUGAUAUGGAGGAGAGAGAUAUUUGGAGUCCAGGGUACUACACCCUUGGAGAUUAUGACUAUGUAGAUGAUGACGAUGAGGAUGUCGGUGGUGGUAUCCUGGGUCCAAGUUUUGAAAAUGUUGUCUGGAUUCGAAACUCGGCAACACAGACAGAUGAUUUGGAACAAUUUGCAGCAGAGAAUGUUUUGCGAGAGCAAAACAGGGAUCCUCAACCAUCUACAGAAUCUGUACGGCCAAAUCAACAAACACCGUCACCAUCUGCAGAAAAUCAAAUUCACGAAGGAAGACGACAUGUUAGGAGUCAUCGAUGUAAAUGUAGACGGUGUCAUCGUUGACAUAGACAUCAAUGUAGUUGCCACAGACAUCACCAUCACAGAAACCACCAUCACAGACAUCACCAUCAUCAUAGAAGCCAU